AUGAGGGAGGCGUCGUCGGGGGGCGGGGGGCGGCCCGGCCUCCUGGGUCUCUUCCCGGACCUGCUGGAGCUGGGCAACGGGAGCGGCAACGCGUCGCUGCUGCGGGAUCUGCUGCGGGGCCUGGAGGAGGAGCGGGCGGGCGGCCCGGAGGGCUCCUCGGCGGGGUCGGGCGCCGAGGGUCCGGCGGGCGCGGCCGUGCGCAUCUCCAUCAGCGUGGUCUACGCGGUGGUCUGCGCCCUGGGCCUGGUGGGCAACCUCCUGGUCCUCUACCUGAUGAAGCACCAGCGGGGCUGGCGCAAGUCCUCGGUCAACCUGUUCGUCACCAGCCUGGCCCUGACGGACUUCCAGUUCGUGCUGACCCUGCCCUUCUGGGCGGUGGAGAACGCGCUGGACUUCACCUGGCUCUUCGGCAAGGCCAUGUGCAAGAUCGUGUCCACCGUGACGGCCAUGAACAUGUACGCCAGCGUCUUCUUCCUCACGGCCAUGAGCGUGGCCCGCUACCGCUCGGUGGCCUCGGCCCUCGAGGGUCGGCGACCCCGUGGUCGGGGCCGGCCGUUGGCCGGGGCCCGGGGCUGCCGCUCCUGGUGCUCCUCCUCCUCUCCUUCCUCCUUCUUCUCGGCCAGGGCCCUGUGCGUCCUCAUCUGGGCCUCGGCCGUGCUGGCGGCGCUGCCCCACGCCGUCUUCUCCACCACGGCCACCGUGCUGGACGAGGAGCUGUGCCUGGUGCGUUUCCCCGACGUGCCCCGGGGAGGGGGCGCCCAGUUCUGGCUGGGGCUCUACCACACCCAGAAGGUGCUGCUGGGCUUCGUGCUGCCCCUGGGCAUCAUCAGCCUCUGCUACCUCCUCCUGGUGCGCUACAUCUCCGGCCGGCCGGCCGGCUGGGCCGGGGGCGCCGGGGCGGCCGAGGCCAGCGCCCGGCGGCGCUCCAAGGUCACCAGGUCGGUGACCAUCGUGGUGCUGUCCUUCUUCCUGUGUUGGCUGCCCAACCAGGCGCUGACGGCCUGGGGCAUCCUGAUCAAGCUCAACGCCGUGCACUUCAGCCACGAGUACUUCCUCAGCCAGGUGUACGUGUUCCCCGUGAGCGUGUGCCUGGCCCACUCCAACAGCUGCCUCAACCCCAUCCUCUACUGCCUCGUGCGCCGCGAGUUCCGCCAGGCCCUCAAGAGCCUGCUGUGGCGCCUCGCCUCGCCCUCGCUCACCAGCAUGCGCCCCUUCACGGCCAGCACCAAGCCCGAGCCCGAGGAGCAGGCCCUGCAGGCCCUCGCCUCCCUGCCCGUCCCCGCCGAGCCGGACCUGCUCUACUGCAGCCCCCCGGGCGUCGUGGUCUACGGCGCCGGGCGCUACGACCUGCUGCCCGGCGGCCCCGACCGCCAGUCCGGGGUGGACUUGCAUUGA